AUGUGUAAAGUUGAUGAGACAACGACUGAACGGCGCCGACGCGGCGCGACGGGACGCGAGGCACGCGGCCGCGGCCCGCUGGCGGCUCACAUGAACCGAGUGAACGUUUUAAUGGCAAUAAACAAUAUAUUACAAAUACUCCCUAACGCUUGGGACGCGGACAUAGCGAGCCGUGGCGGGGCCCGAGAGCCGAAUGUAGCCGAGCCGAGCCGAGCAGGGCCGAGCCGAGCCGAGCAGGGCCGCCGAGCCGAGCCGAGCAGGGCCGGAGCCGAGCCGCGUGCGGGCGCGGGUCGCGGACAUCGCGGCGCCGUCUAA